AUGAAUUGUGCAACAGGGAAGAGACUGCAGCUGAGCCAGGUUCUGCUUCUGCUCUCUGGGGUUUUCCUCUACCAGCUGACCAUCAGUGCCAGACUCUAUGAGCCUUUGCCAGUGUCUCAGAGUGGAGAUGAUUUUGGAGAGGAUUCAACAGAAGGGAUUCGGGAGGUUACAGUGGAGACUCAAGGGCUUGAGGAACCUCUAACUGCAGCACAUGAAUUAGAGCCCACAGAUCAAAUCACACCGGAGAUGCAUAUGGUAAAUCAUUUGAAUACAACUUCAGAUUUUAAAGCAUCCACCCCGACUGAAUCUCCACUACUUCCAGGUGAAAGGGGUGAAUACCCUGAAGAUAUCUUUUCUGUUGAAGACCGCAGACGAGGAUGGGUGAUCCUCCACAUUUUUGGGAUGAUAUAUAUGUUUGUGUCACUUGCAAUUGUGUGUGAUGAGUUCUUUGUUCCUGCGCUGGAAGUAAUCACGGAGAAGUUAGGCAUCUCUGACGAUGUGACAGGAGCCACCUUCAUGGCUGCCGGAAGAUCCACCCCUAAGUUUUUUGCCUACCUCAUAGGGGUCUUCAUCGCCCACAGCAAUGUGGGCAUUGACACAAUAGUAGGUUCUGCAAUUUUCAACAUUUUGUUUGUAAUUGGAAUGUGUGCAUUGUUUUCUCAAGAGGUACUUCAUCUGACCUGGUGGCCACUUUUCAGAGAUGUAUCCUUCUACAUAUUUGACCUCAUCCUGCUCAUCAUCUUCUUCCUGGAUAAUGUCAUAAUGUGGUGGGAGAGCAUGAUGCUGGUGGCUGGUUAUACUGUCUAUGUGAUUUUCAUGAGGUUUAAUGUGCAAAUAGAGCAGGCCGUCAAGACCCUACUCUACAAACACAAGAAUAUUGUUAAAGUCAUUGCUGUGGAGGAACCUGAAAAGGUGGACACACCUGCAGGAGAGGAUGGGUCAGGGGGCCCGGAAGAAUCUGACAGUGAUAAAGAAGAAAACAAUAAAGACAGUGAUGAGUCCAGUAAAAAUGAUUGUGAGAACAAAGACGAGGAGGAAGAAGAAGAGAAAAAGGAUAAGCCCCUGUCUUUAGAGUGGCCUGACACACGAUGUAAACAAGCCAUCUACCUCUUCCUUCUACCUAUAGUCUUCCCUCUGUGGCUCACAGUUCCUGAUGUCCGCAAACGGCAAUCCAGAAAAUUCUUUGUGGUCACCUUCCUGGGCUGUAUUCUGUGGAUUGUUGUCUUCUCCUACCUCAUUGUGUGGUGGGCCUAUCGGAUAGGUGAGACCGUCGGCAUCUCACAUCAAAUUAUGACCAUCCUGGCUGCAGAGAUAUCCAUCCCUGAUCUCAUUACCAGUGUGUUUGUUGCACGUAAAGGUCAGGGAGACAUGGCCGUAUCAAGCUGUGUGGGCAGUAACAUCUUUGACAUCACUGUGGGCAUGCCAGUCCCAUGGCUUCUGUACUCAUCCUUUCACAGUUCGGCUCCAGUGGCUGUCAGUAGCAAUGGGCUCCUUUUAGCCGUCGUGCUCCUCUUCCUCAUGCUCCUCUUUGUCAUCAUCAUUGCAUCCUGUAAGUGGAAGAUGAAUAAGCUGCUGGGUUUUAUCAUGCUCCUGCUCUACUUUCUCUUCCUCCUGCUUCGUGUGAUGGUGCAGUAG